GUGACCGCCAGGCAUAUCUUAAUAAUGUCCCUCCUCAAACUUCCCACACCACGACGGCUUCACAAUCCUCACGACUCUCCCGCUUUAUCAGAAGACGAGCUCUCCGCGAGCGCUAGCGCGUCAGCAGACGAAGACCGCGAGUCUGGCGAAAUCUCCGAGCCGGAGCAUGAUCAGCCCAGCUUCAAGGGGUAUAAACCCGAGUACGAGUGGCCUGGCACUGAAGCCGAUUUUCCUCCAUCAGGACCGAGCGACCCUCUCCCUACACCGGUGUUCGACCGCCCCUUGGCGACUACGGAUCUGCGACUCGUCGUGCUCUCUACUUCUGGGUACUCGUUCCUCAGAGGGAAGACCGUUGCGGUCAUUAAUACAUCAGAGGGAUGCUCAAUAGGCCGGGAUUCCGCUCCUGGCCCACGCCUGCGACUGCGAGAGAUGCCAGUGUCCAAGUUUCACGCAAGUAUCUUCUGGGACUCGGGACUCGCCUCGUGGGCUGUGGUGGAUAUGGGCUCUAUGCAUGGGACGUUUGUUCACACGACUGGAUCUGAGCCGGUUAGACUAUCGCCGCCACGUGUUGCGAGUCAGCCUAGGGCGCUGAAGCAUCUCGAUAACCUCAUUAUUGGCAGUACGACGUUCUUAGUGCACGCGCAUAAAGAUGGCCUGCCCUGCGAAGUGUGCUUUGCCCCUCAGGAGAAGGAAAUACCGCUCUACGAAGAAAACAAGAACGGCAAGUCGGAAAGCUCUAGUACAACUGCGUACGGACCGACAUUGUCAUCCACCCAGAAGCGUGUCAAGCACAAACACGACAUGUCGAGCCUUAAGAGCUCGCUUUUAUCAACCCUACCUACGCCAGCGACCACCCCAGGCUCCGGAUACAUAGAUCGUUCUGCCAAACGACGGAAACUGCAUCCCGAACCUCGUCAGUCAAGUGGAACGUCCUCACCUGCUCCUUUCCCUCGUACCCCUCCGGAAC